AUGGACAAGUUUAAGAAAAUAAAGAAGUGCAACUUCACGCAAAUCAGCAACGAGAUGUUGCGGAAUCCCGCACUUUCCGCCCAAGCGAAGGGCAUUCUGUGUUUCUUUAUGCAACUCCCGGAGGAGUGGCAGAUACACAUCCGAGAACUUACAAAACACUUCAACAACGGCGAGACUUCCAUCCGUUCCGCAAUCAGCGAACUUGUGGAGAACGGGUAUAUAAGAACCACCCGACAGCGCAACGACCGUGGUGUUUUUGAGAAUACCCUUUGGGAGUACUCUGACACGCCCCUAUUUAAGGGUGGAGGCACUACAAGCCAUUCUAAUCCACAUCGUGAUUUUCCACACGUGGAUAUUCCACACGUGGAUAGUCCAGAUGUGGACAUUCCACAUGUGGAAAACCGCACGGUAUAUAAUACUGAAAAAUUAAAUACUGAAUAUGGAGUAAAUACUGAAUCUAUAUACCCCCCUAACCCCCCAAGGGGGGAUUCGGGAAAUUUUGAAAAUUUCCCCGUUUCGCACGGCUCUUUUUCUGAAAAUCCCGAUGGUUCUUUUGAGGGUCAGAUAGCCGACGGCAUCCAAGUGUCGGACGGCAAUCCGUACGGGGCGCAAGGCUCAAGCACCGCAAUGCCCGCAAGGCACGACAACGCCGACCUUGAGGGUCUGGACCUUGAAUGGGUCAACCCCUCACCCGUAAGCACCCCCGAGGAUGUUGAAAAAAGAAAAAGUUCCGCCAAAAAGAAAAAAGAUUUUGCGCCCGUACAGGGCAGUCUUUUCGGCGAGCCGAUAAACAACACCACCCCCUCGGUGAAAGUGGCUGAAAAAGCCGAAAAAGGGGCAAAGAACGCCAAGGCAUACGAAACCGCCCGUGAGUUCGUCAGACUUUGGAACGAAAUGGCGGUUCAGAACGGCUACCCCAAGGUGACGGCACUCACCGACGGGAGGAUAAGGGCGGUGAGCCGUGCAAUCAAGGCGAUAAAGGCGGAAUGCGGGGGCGACAGCGUGGACAUCACCGCCCUCUUCGGCAAAAUCGCCAAGAGCGACUAUCUGAAAGCCAACGCCCGAAACAGACAAGGCAACGGCAAGGGUACGUGGUUCGACUUCGACUGGGUUGUUGAGCCUCCCAAGCAGGGCGAGCCGAUUUCAAACGCCGUGAAAAUUUGGCUUGGUCGCUUUGACAACGCCCCGAUGGUUCAGCAGACCGCCCCGACGGCUCAGAACGGCGCAAACGCCCCGAAAAACCGCAAACUCGGCGGUCUUGACCUUAUGGCGGAGGCUAUGAGGAUUGCCGAGAGGAUAGACAACGGCGAGAUUCCGCAGAUGCUUUCCGAUAUGGGACCAUAUCAGAGGGAGGCAGUUACGAGGGCGGUGAGCCACUUCCGUUCUGACUCCAAGGCUAACGGCAUCGAGGUUCUGCCCACGGGUUCGGGCAAGAGCCUCAUCAUCGCAAACAUCGCCCUUGAACUUGACGAGCCAAUCCUCGUGUUCCAACCCUCAAAGGAGAUUUUGGAGCAGAACUUCAGCAAGUUGUCGGCGUACGGUCUUGUCCCUUGCUCCAUCUAUUCGGCAAGUGCGGGCAAGAAGGAACUCAAUAGGGUGACUUUCAUAACCAUCGGCUCGGUCAUCCGUCAUUUGGACAUCAUAGCGGGAUACCGCUAUGCAAUCAUUGACGAGUGCCACUACGUCAACGCUAAGAACGACGAGACGAUGUAUAACCGCCUCAUCACCACCCUCGGUCUGAAGGUCGUGGGUCUGACCGCCACCCCCUAUCGUAUGCACACCAACUCGUUCGGCUCGCAGUUGAAGUUCCUCACCCGUACCCGUCCCCGUCUUUUCUCCGAGGUUCUCUACGUGGUGCAGGUACGGGAGUUGCUUGAGCAGGGUUUCCUCGCACGGGUCAACUAUUACUGCCCACAGAUGCGGUUCAGCACCCAAAAUCUGAAAGUAAACUCCACGGGCAACGACUACACAGACCAAAGCGUACUGAGCGAGUACAAGAGGUCGAAUUUCUACGAGUCCAUAGAGGAGAUUAUAUUCCGACUUCUCAAGGUCAACAGACGGCGCAUCCUUGUGUUCACCAAGUUCGUGGAGGAGGCUGAGUUGCUCGCCCGAAAGAUACCGAGGGCGGCGAUUGUCACGGGCGAGACCCCCAAGGUGGAGCGUGAGCGCAUCCUCCGCAACUUCAAGGCGGGAAUAAUAGAGGUCGUCUGCAAUGUCGGCGUCCUCACCACGGGUUUCGACUAUCCCGAACUUGACACCGUGGUUAUGGCUCGCCCCACCCGCUCCUUGUCGCUCUACUAUCAGAUUGUCGGUCGCGCCAUCCGCCCGUUCAAGGGCAAGGAGGCGUGGUUCAUUGACCUUUGCGGAACUUACCGACGCUUCGGCAAGGUGGAGAACCUUGAACUCCGCAACGACCGAUACGGCUGGGCGGUUUACAAUGCCGAGAACGGACGGCAACUCACCAACGUUGACCUCUCAGACGAUUAG